GGGCGGGCCCCGGGGUGGCCGCUGCGGCCACUGCCUCAGUGCCUCGCGGGCGGGCGGCGUUCUGCUCAGUGGGACGGUCCGGCGCCCGGCGGCCUCGUGUGGAGCCUUCGGGCGUCCCGCGGCCGCGUGGCAGCCGUCCUCUGUGCGGCCGGCGGCGCGUGUGUGGAACCGCGUCCCCCUGUGCCGAGCGGCUCAGCCGGGUGUCUGGGACGUGGGAGUCGCGAUCAGAUGCCUGGUGUACCCGGAAUAACAACAUGAUGAGUUCCAGUUGUACCCUAUUAAAUUCUUGUUAAAGGGCCUGUCACCCUGUGAGCUCUGUUCUCUGCUCGCUACCUAUACGAAUAAUGCAAAUUCCUUGAGAGGAAUGAAGCCUCUGCCUGCCGAAUUGCUCAGCAAAUGACUACUCUUGUCGACUGUUUUGAAUAACUAUUAUCUUAACGAAAAUUUAGAUGUGUGCAAUGCAUCGUCUUGGAGAUGCUAGUGCUGCAAGUUUCCCGAAACUGUAUCGUACAGCGAUGUAGCUCGGGGAUUAGCAAGAAUCUCAAGACAUGUGAAUAUUUAUUGAGGAGCUGCUUCUACUAGUGAGGACACAGUGAAUGGACCUGACUGGACUUUUUGCGCCCAUCAAUAAACAUGAGCGGUACCAAGCCUGAUAUUUUGUGGGCACCACACCAGGUUGAUAGAUUUGUUGUAUGUGACUCAGAACUGAGCCUUUAUCAUGUGGAGUCGGCUGUGAAUUCAGAACUUAAAGCUGGAUCAUUACGUUUGUCUGAAGACUCUGCGGCUACAUUACUGUCAAUAAAUUCAGAUACACCUUAUAUGAAAUGUGUUGCAUGGUAUCUCAAUUAUGAUCCUGAAUGUCUCCUAGCAGUUGGACAAGCAAAUGGUCGAGUUGUACUUACAAGUCUCGGUCAAGAUCAUAAUUCUAAGUUUAAAGAUUUGAUAGGAAAAGAAUUUGUCCCAAAACAUGCUCGACAAUGCAAUACUCUUGCAUGGAAUCCACUGGAUAGUAACUGGCUUGCUGCUGGUCUGGACAAGCACAGAGCUGACUUUUCAGUUCUAAUAUGGGAUAUCUGCAGCAAAUAUACUCCUGAUAUUGUUCCCAUGGAAAAAGUAAGACUUUCAGCAGGUGAAGCUGAAACAACACUAUUAGUAACAAAACCACUGUAUGAGUUAGGACAAAAUGAUGCUUGUCUAUCUCUUUGUUGGCUUCCACGAGACCAGAAACUUCUCCUUGCUGGCAUGCAUCGUAACCUAGCCAUAUUUGAUCUUCGGAACACAAGCCAGAAGAUGUUUGUAAAUACAAAAGCUGUUCAAGGAGUGACAGUAGACCCAUACUUCCAUGAUCGCGUUGCUUCCUUCUAUGAAGGUCAGGUUGCAAUAUGGGAUCUUAGAAAAUUUGAGAAGCCAGUUUUGACUUUGACUGAGCAGCCAAAGCCCUUGACAAAAGUAGCAUGGUGUCCAACUAGGACAGGUCUGCUUGCUACUUUAACAAGGGAUAGUAAUAUUAUUAGGCUGUAUGAUAUGCAGCAUACACCUACGCCCAUUGGGGAUGAAACUGAACCCACAAUAAUUGAAAGAAGUGUGCAACCUUGUGACAAUUACAUUGCUUCCUUUGCAUGGCAUCCAACAAGUCAAAAUCGAAUGAUAGUUGUAACUCCCAACCGAACAAUGUCUGACUUCACUGUUUUUGAAAGGAUAUCUCUUGCCUGGAGCCCAAUUACAUCUUUAAUGUGGGCUUGUGGUCGUCAUUUGUACGAAUGUGCAGAAGAAGAAAGUGAUAAUUCCUUAGAAAAAGAUAUAGCAACAAAAAUGCGCCUCCGGGCUUUAUCAAGAUACGGACUUGAUACAGAGCAGGUAUGGAGAAACCACAUUUUAGCUGGAAAUGAAGACCCACAACUCAAGUCACUCUGGUAUACUCUGCACUUUAUGAAGCAGUAUACAGAAGAUAUGGAUCAAAAAUCUCCAGGCAACAAAGGAUCGUUGGUUUAUGCAGGAAUUAAAUCAAUAGUAAAAUCAUCUUUGGGAAUGGUGGAAAGCAGCAGACAUAAUUGGAGUGGCUUGGACAAACAAACUGAUAUUCAGAACUUAAAUGAAGAGAGGAUUUUAGCAUUGCAGCUUUGUGGGUGGGUAAAGAAAGGAACAGAUGUAGAUGUGGGACCAUUUUUGAACUCUCUUGUUCAAGAAGGAGAAUGGGAAAGAGCUGCUGCAGUGGCUUUGUUCAACCUGGAUAUUCGGAGAGCAAUCCAAAUCCUGAAUGAAGGGGCAUCUUCAGAAAAAGGAGAUCUGAAUCUCAAUGUGGUAGCAAUGGCUUUAUCAGGGUAUACGGACGAGAAGAACUCUCUUUGGAGGGAGAUGUGCAGCACACUGCGAUUGCAGCUCAACAACCCCUAUCUCUGUGUCAUGUUUGCAUUUCUGACCAGCGAAGCAGGAGCUUAUGAUGGAGUUUUGUAUGAAAACAAAGUUGCAGUACGUGACAGAGUGGCAUUUGCUUGUAAAUUCCUUGGUGAUACUCAGUUAAAUAAAUACAUUGAAAAGCUGACCAAUGAAAUGAAAGAGGCUGGCAAUUUGGAAGGAAUCUUGCUUACAGGCCUCACUAAAGAUGGAGUGGACUUGAUGGAGAGCUACGUGGAUAGAACUGGAGACGUCCAGACAGCAAGCUACUGCAUGUUACAGGGUUCACCUUUAGAUGUUCUUAAAGAUGAAAGGGUUCAAUAUUGGAUUGAGAAUUACAGAAACUUAUUAGAUGCUUGGAGGUUUUGGCACAAACGAGCUGAAUUUGAUAUACAUAGGAGUAAAUUGGAUCCCAGUUCCAAGCCAUUAGCACAGGUGUUUGUGAGUUGUAAUUUUUGUGGCAAAUCAAUCUCCUACAGCUGUUCCUCAGUGCCUCAUCAGGGCAGAGGCUUUAGUCAAUAUGGUGUGAGUGGCUCACCAACAAAAUCGAAAGUCACAAGUUGCCCUGGCUGUCGAAAACCUCUUCCUCGGUGUGCACUUUGCCUCAUUAAUAUGGGAACGCCUGUUUCUAGCUGUCCUGGUGGAUCCAAAUCGGAUGAAAAAGUGGACUUGAGCAAGGACAAAAAGUUAGCUCAGUUUAACAAUUGGUUUACCUGGUGUCACAAUUGUCGGCAUGGCGGGCAUGCUGGACAUAUGCUUAGUUGGUUCAGGGACCAUGCAGAGUGUCCUGUAUCAGCAUGCACGUGUAAAUGUAUGCAGCUGGAUACAACAGGGAAUCUGGUACCAGCAGAGACUGUUCAGCCAUGAGAUGCUACACAUAAAGAGAAACCUUCAAAUGAGGAGUUUUUAAUCGCUGUCCUUCACAGUUCAGAAACAUACCUCAGAACAAGUCACUCACGACUCUCCUAUAAUGGGAAAAUAAAUCAUUCUAUCAGAUCAGCAAUUUGAUGUUUGAGUGAUUUUGAUGUGCUUCUUAGAGGCAGAUGCUGCUGAAGCGAACAUCAGAGCAUGAAUAUAAGUUCUGUUCAGUAGGUUAAAGUUAAUUUGAAAGAACCUUCUAGAGUUUUGUCAAAAAUAUGAAUGUAUAUAGAAGGUUUUAGAAUAAAAACAUACCUCUGCCUGCAUUUCAAUCUGAACUUGAUAUCUUUUGAUAGAAUCUGUACAUAUUUAAAGUCAAAAGGUCAAUUUAGUGGUUCAGAUAACAGUUUAAGCUUAUCCAUGCUUAGAUUCCAUUCAGAUAAAAUGUGUUUUUACAUUAAGAAUUAGCACCUCACCCACACUGCUAGUAUGUUUGAGAAAAGUACAUGCAUGCAUGUGUGUAAACACACACACAUACACUUAAGGGACUUCCUCAUUCAUUUACAUUGUAUUGUAACAAAUUUUAAUAUAGGUCAUUGUUGUAUUUCUCAAAAAAUCCAGGCCAGUGAGAUGGUUCAGCACGUAAGGGGGCUGCUGAUCCUAAUGACCUGAGUUUAAUCCUUGAGACCCACAUGUCGAAGGCAUUGAAUCCCCUGACCUCCACAAGUGUGCUGUGGCAUGAGGCAGGCAGGUGCGCCCACACACUUAGAAAAUAAAGAAAUGAAUUAAAAAAUAUAUCUCACAACAUUUCAGGAAAACAUGCUAAAGAGGUUUUCAUUUUAGUUUUUUUUUUUUUUUUUUCUGAGUUCUGAUUUGUCUUUGGAGAUUUCUCUACUUACCAUCCUAACUUAGCAUUCUCACCAUCAGGAAUGUUCUCUGAAUACAAAGCCUUUGCAAGAUCUUAUGUAGGAACCGGCUUAAUGGUGCUGUCUUUCAGUUUUGGAAUCUGUCUUUUUCAAUGAUGUUGGGCAAAACGGGUGUUUCUGAAGUCGACUUUAGAUAUAAGUUGCUGAAAGUAUGUGUACUGGGGCCAGUUCAAGGACUUUGUUUCUAUUUUAGUUUGUCUGACUAUGGACAGAUUUAAGAGAAGAUUUAUAUCAAUAGUCUUGUCAUCUGCCGUGUACAGCAACUGAACUGCAUGUUUUGCUAGAAGUAAUAAUCUUAGAGGAUUUUUCUACAGAUGGAGAUAUGUAUGAAGCUUCAUGUCAGCAGCUGGGCAGAGGAAAGACUGAGAUCCUUUAGACUGAGUUGUGAUGUACAUAUUCACAACUUGUUUAUUUAAGAUCUGAUUAUGCAAAAGGCAUAGAGUAACCUUGGGGAUAGUGUAUAUCUGCCCUAAAUUUCUUCUGGGUGACAGUUUUCAGAUGAAAAACUUGAGAAUAAUGACUUAUUUCUUAUAGAAAUUGC